GAACAGCGAAAGCCACGUCCCGAGACCGGGCGUGCGCACUCCGAGGAUCCCAACCGCUGUAGAGGCCUCUGCACCUCCUCCUCUGGCCUGAGGGGGGCAUACCCGCGUCUACAGACGCGGGGCGCAACCUGCCGAAAGGGGUCACACCGCUGGGCGAGAGCUAGGGGAGGAGUCACCUUGAGAGGAGGGGUCACAAUGAUUAGCCGAGUCACUCUGAAAGGUCUCUUUUAGUGAAAGGAACACAAAGAGGAGGGGGUGCAGCACUAAGGGGCUCUGGAUACACACUGAUGUGGCAGUGUCAUCCCAAGGAAAGGUCCCCCUGAAGGAGAGCGGGCUCCGAGGGGCAGCGGCCUUUGAGGGGGAGGGAUCCUGUCGAGGGGUGGGCUGUGACGGAGGGCGGGGCUUUCUUGCAGGUGCAGGCUUCCCCUAAGAGGGUUAUUAGGACAAAGAAGUAGGAGGGUGGUCACCGGGCGGAGCGCAGGAAUCUCAACUUUACUCAGCGUAAUGGAGAUGGAGUGAGGAGGGGUCGGGGCAGGUCAGGGAUGCGGAGGCCAGAGGCUCCCUACAGCCCUGGGUACCACGACCGGAGAAAACAGGUGUUAGCGAGCCCCGAGAUUUAGGGUGUCGGGGUCAGAAGCCCCUUGAAAUGGGCAGUCGGAGUGGGGCGCAGACUGGGCAGGCAGCGGGGUUGAUCCGUGGAGCCCAGGGCGCAGGAGAAUUCGCGCCUGCAGUCAACCCUUAAGUCGUCCUGUUAUUCACGCCCCGGCCUACGCGCCGGGACGCACCUGAGGGGGCGUGGCCGGGCCACAGCUCGGGCUCCAAGGAGUUAACCGCAGACCGGGCCCGGCCCCGCCCCGGGCAGGCCGCGCAGCCUGAGCCCGGCGGCGAAGCGGAGCAGCAGCCGCCCGCGGGGAGCCCGCCGCCGGCGCCCGGGAGCGCCGCCGCCGCCCGGCCCAGGCCCAGGCCCAGGCCCAGGCCCCGCGCAGAGCGGAGAGCCGCGGCGUUCCACCAGGCCCAACUCGCCGGCGCGGCGGGGGCGGGCCCAGGACCUUCGGCAGGUCCUCCCGGAGUCCGCCGGGCGGGAGUCCCGGCACCCGGGAUCAGGUUGGGCCGGCGCCCAUGGCGAGCGCGGCCUGCCCGGGUCCCGGGGAUCCGGCCAUGUGAAGCAGGCCGGGGCUGGGGGCCCGGCCAUGGCCGGGGAACGGCCACCGCUGCGGGGCCCCGGGCCCGGAGAGACUCCGGGGGAGGGGCCGGGGGGCGCAGGCGGAGGCCCGGGCCGGGGCCGGCCCUCCUCCUACCGGGCCCUCCGCAGCGCCGUGUCCAGCCUGGCGCGCGUGGACGAUUUCGACUGCGCAGAGAAGAUCGGGGCCGGUUUCUUCUCUGAGGUCUAUAAGGUUCGGCACCGACAGUCGGGACAAGUCAUGGUGCUGAAGAUGAACAAGCUCCCCAGUAACCGGAGCAACACUCUAAGGGAGGUGCAGCUGAUGAACCGGCUCCGGCAUCCUAACAUCCUCAGGUUCAUGGGGGUCUGUGUGCACCAAGGGCAGCUGCACGCGCUUACAGAGUAUAUGAAUGGGGGUACCCUGGAACAGCUGCUGAGCUCCCCAGAACCCCUCUCCUGGCCAGUCAGGCUCCACCUAGCACUGGACAUUGCACAAGGCCUACGGUACCUACACGCCAAAGGUGUGUUUCACCGAGACCUCACAUCCAAGAACUGUCUGGUCCGAAGGGAAGACGGAGGCUUCACAGCUGUUGUGGGUGACUUCGGACUGGCUGAAAAGAUCCCUGUGUAUAGGGAAGGGGCAAGGAAGGAGCCAUUGGCUGUGGUGGGCUCCCCAUACUGGAUGGCCCCAGAGGUGUUGCGGGGAGAGCUGUAUGAUGAGAAGGCUGACGUCUUCGCCUUUGGGAUUGUCCUCUGUGAGCUCAUCGCCCGAGUACCUGCAGACCCUGACUACCUACCCCGUACUGAGGACUUUGGUCUGGAUGUGCCUGCUUUUCGAACUCUGGUGGGAAAUGACUGUCCGCUACCUUUCCUGCUUCUGGCCAUCCACUGCUGCAGCAUGGAACCCAGCGCCCGUGCCCCUUUUACUGAAAUUACCCAGCACCUGGAACAAAUCCUGGAGCAGCUGCCUGAGCCCACGCCCCUCGCCAAGAUGCCCCUUGCCAAGGCUCCCUUGACAUACAAUCAGGGGUCUGUUCCAAGAGGAGGUCCCUCUGCCACGCUUCCCAGGUCAGACCCCCGGCUCUCCCGAAGCCGGUCAGACCUCUUCCUGCCACCUUCACCAGAAUCACCCCCCAGUUGGGGGGACAACCUAACACGAGUCAACCCCUUCUCACUGCGGGAAGACCUCAGGGGUGGCAAGAUCAAACUUCUGGACACACCCUGCAAGCCGGCCACUCCACUGCCCCUGGUGCCACCAUCACCACUGACCUCUACCCAGCUGCCCUUGGUGGCCACUCCAGAGUCCCUGGUCCAGCCUGAGACUCCCGUCCGCCGCUGUCGUUCACUCCCUUCAUCCCCUGAGCUCCCCCGACGGAUGGAAACUGCACUGCCAGGUCCUGGCCCGUCCCCCGUGGGCCCCUCGACUGAGGAAAGGAUGGACUGUGAGGGCAGCAGCCCUGAGCCAGAGCCCCCAGGGCCGGCUCCCCAGUUGCCUCUGGCUGUGGCCACUGACAACUUCAUCAGUACGUGUUCCUCAGCCUCUCAGCCCUGGUCUGCUAGACCAGGACCUUCCCUCAAUAAUAACCCCCCUGCUGUGGUGGUGAAUUCCCCACAAGGAUGGGCGAGGGAGCCCUGGAACCGGGCACAGCAUAGCCUUCCCCGGGCAGCAGCCCUGGAGCGGACAGAACCCUCACCACCCCCAUCAGCUCCCCGGGAGCAGGAGGAGGGGCUGCCCUGCCCUGGCUGCUGCCUCAGCCCCUUCAGCUUUGGCUUCCUAUCCAUGUGCCCCCGCCCUACCCCAGCUGUUGCCCGCUACCGCAACUUGAACUGUGAGGCGGGCAGUCUUCUCUGCCACCGAGGGCAUCAUGCCAAGCCACCCACACCCAGCCUGCAGCUGCCUGGGGCACGCUCUUAGCAGUGAGGCCUGUGAUCUCAGGCUUCCAACCUUGGCCUUCGGGAUACCCUGUAAGGACAGAGUGCACUUGCUGGACAAUGCCAGCCCCAGAUGGGCUGACUGGCUCUUCUCCCCGUAUAGGGGAGCCUCAGCAUGGUCUCAAUGGACAGAGCACUUCCUGUCCAACCCCUGGGAUCACUGGACUAGACACAGCAUUGCUGACACACAAGACUAACACGUGCAAAUUAUUUAAAAAUAUUUCAAUAAAACUGCCUGGCUGGCUCCGGGCCAUCCAUCCACUCAGCGGAGCGCCCUCCCCUGACCCAUCUCUAGUUUGGGAAGUUCUUAAGGAAGGUCAAAGUCUUUUCUGGAGGCUUCUUUACUCUUCCCAAGAAUAGUUUCUGGAGCAGCUUUCAAGCAAGCAGCAGGUCGCCAGACCAGAGUCAGCCCUUAGCUGGGCGUGCCCAAGAGUGAGGGAGUGCUGGAGGAAUAGCAGUCUUGAGAAUUGGCAGGCCAUAGGUUAAGGACGUAGGUCACAAGGUCUUGUUCAAGUGUCUGGAAAAAUAAAGCACCAGUGAGCUCCA